AUGACUUCCACGUCCACGUCCACGUGCGUAGUGCAGCAACACUCGCACGAUGCUCCGAACCACAUCAUGCUCGAGGCGAUGCCACCGAGUCAACACUCUACAGACGACACAACGUCAAAUGAGCCCCCCGAUGGUUUCUCCGCGCUGGAAAAGUGGAAUCACCCCCGCAUCAACGUUUAUCGCUCUUUCGCCACAUUUUGGAGCUUCCUAGUAAUGGGGAGUAACGAUGCAGCAUACGGUCUCGAGACUUACUAUAACCUCAGCUAUACGAUUGUAUCUCUAAUCUUCCUCUCACCGCUAGUCGGCUACACACUCGCAGCAUUCCUCAACCACCGAAUUCACACCUCGCUCGGUCAACGCGGGGUCGCAUUGCUCGGACCCGGGUGCCAUCUCAUCGCCUACGUGGUGAACUGCCUACACCCGCCAUACCCGGUCCUCGUGGUCUCGUUUAUCUUUGCAGGAUUCGGCAAUGGACUCGAAGAUGCGGCAUGGAAUGCUUGGAUUGGAAAUAUGGCUAAUGCGAAUGAGUUGUUGGGUCUGUUGCACGGUGUAUACGGGUUAGGUGCCGUGUUGGCUCCGCUGAUUGCGACUUCGAUGAUUGCCCAAGCUCACAUGCCAUGGUUUCAUUUCUACUAUGUCAUGGUCGGAUGUGCCGUCGUCGAGCUCGCAACCUGCAGCGCCUGCUUCUGGAAAGCCACCGGUGCCGUUUUCCGCGCCGCCAAUUCGCAUUCGAUCGAGGAGAAUAAGAAGGGAGGGCUUCGAGACGCUCUUUUCAAACGGCCUUCCGCACGUGUGACGUGGCUAUGCUCGCUCUUCCUGCUGGGAUAUGUCGGAUGUGAAGUCGCUCUGGGAGGGUGGAUUGUCACCUUCAUGAUCCGCGUUCGACAUGGAGGAGCAUUCGCUAGUGGUAUGACAGCCACUGGCUUCUGGCUGGGUAUUACGGUUGGUCGUAUUAUCCUGGGUUUCGUCACACCUCGAGUAGGCGAGAAAUUGGCGAUCGCAGGAUAUAUUCUGCUAUCAAUGGCAUGCGGACUUGUCCUAUGGCUCGUACCUCAAUUCUACGCCUCCGCCGUGGCCGUCUCGCUGCAGGGCUUCUUCCUGGGCCCUCUAUUCCCAGGUGCCGUCGUGAUGGUCACCAAGCUGCUUCCUCGACACCUGCACGUCAGUUCUAUCGGAUUCUGCGCAGCUUUUGGCGGUUCCGGAGCCGCUAUUCUCCCCUUCGCCGUGGGAGCCCUGGCACAAGCCAAAGGUGUUCAAGUGCUGCAACCGUUUAUCAUUGCCUUGUCGGGUGCCAUCUUCCUGGCCUGGCUGGGACUACCACGCGUGUCCAAGGUGCAGCGGAGUGAGUAG